UGCCAAAAACCCUAAAGAGAGAGAGAGAGAGAGAGAGUCAGAGAGGGAUACAGAUUUUACAGAAGCAUCGAGCGAAGAGAAUCGUUUCAACUUCCAUCCAUAUACAAAUACUCAUCUGACUUAGCUGUAUACACAGAGAACCGUUUCAAUUUCCACCCGUGUAGACAUACAGAUCACAGAGAGACAGAGAGUGAGAGAGACAUGGCAUGGCGUUCAGCAGGAUCUCUAUCGAGGUCGUUAUUGUCAACAGCAAGGGCUUCUUCGGUUCGAUCUUCACCAACACUUCCUCGCCUUCGUCCGUCACCACUACCUACAUCUCCCCCACGGGCUCGUCGGUUCUCCUUCGCUAAUCCAAGAACAUUGGGAGAACUAGGAUGCACACAGUCACUGCUACCUCCAGUUGCAGCAUGUCGUAUCUCACCUCAUCUGUCACUUAACGCUCGAGCUUUCUGCGGGCUUUUUCAGGGAAACGGAAAAGAUGGCUGAUACAGGACAUCAAAUGCUGCAGCAGCCGAUGAAGGAUGCCACCAAAUUUUAGUCCAUGAAUGCAGAUUGCUUUAUCGGCACAACAUUGCUAAUGAUACUGAGGGGUUUGUACUUUGUAGAUUAGUGUUAGGAUUUUCUGCAAAUGACGUUGAUCCAUUGGAGUAGUAAGGAAACCAAUAAGACGACACUAAGAGUUUUAUACUUUGUCCUUGUGUGUGAAACAAAUCUUUUUCUAUCUUGGAGAACUUUCUUUUUGUUCAAGAGUUGAAGGUUUGAAAUCCUUCCGGUCCCUUCUGUUUUCAAUGAGUAUUAUUGUUAAUCUUGUGUUCAAAUAUACAUCUAGUCUUGCCAUACCUAUAUACCUGUUCUAAUAUGGUAAGACCAGUGACAUAGAGAUAAGAUAAAUUUAUGCA